AUGCUGGCUACACAACAGCUACAGGAGUUGGUACAAAACACUAAAGUUUCUAAGGCUUUGGCUGGGAACCUGCUGCCUUCUGAUGGCAACUCGUCUAUCUUGAAUCUCGAGAACCUGAAGACGGUUACUGUAGUUGAAGAAGGCCCAAAUGGUUCUGUUCCAGCAGCUAUUGGUGUGUUUAAUGUCAUCACUCCCAAUCAGUAUUACUGCUCGGCCGUAGCCACUUCUGGACGCUACAACGAUGUGUUUGUUAACAUUGAACCAGUAGAAACCGAAGCCAACGAAUUGGGCGUAGAAGAAGAUGUAGCCGACAAUCACACUGUCUACAAAAUCUCUGAAGUCAAGGAAGAACUCAAGGAUUUGUCUGGAUUCCCACAGUACUUCUCGGUAUUUGGAAAGCCUGAAGCUACUCCACUUCUUCAAACUGUUGUUGAUCAGCUAAUUGACAAUGUUGGACAGAAGAACUUUGACAUGAAGAAGAACAUAUCUGUCGAUCUAUACCUGGACAGCAAACAGUAGGUUUAUUUUGUUGCUUUAUGUAAUUUUCUUGCAUUUGAUGGUCGAUAAAAUGAUGACAAUUACUUGUGCAACUAGUUAUGACAAUGUGUUGUUCUAGGAACGAUGAGUCUGUGAACUUGUGGAGAGACAAAACUGGUUUCGUCGUUGUCGACAAGUACCGUUUUGUUGAAUUUGAAGUUCCACGGUAAGUCAGGUGUAAUAAUGUUGUAGCAAAUGAUAAGAUUAAAACUUUUUCUUAAAACCUUAUUUUACCAUUUGAUAUGUGAAUAUGAUUCAGUAAAUGUCUUCAUUUUAGCACAAAACUUGUAUCUCUUCUUGAAUCUUCAAAACAAGCUACAGACAUCAAGUACGAAACGUUGACUCCACGUUCUGCUGUGCUGUUCCUGGACUACGACUCCAAUAUCUCAAUGAUCGACCGCCAAGAGUACCUAGAGUUUGUGUUCGGCCUCCGAAGCGUAAGUAAUCUCCGAAAUGUUCUUUUAAUCUGCCGCCCAAUGAAAAUAGGGUAUCUGACAUUAAGUUACGCAAAUUCAAUUGAACUCUUAUCUGAUGUUUUCGUAAUGGGUUAUAACGUUUUUUGAAGUGUAUAUUUUGAAUUAUUGUAGGUUAAAGGAACAGUUGCCAUCGACGCUGAAAAUCAACCAGUCGGAUAUGUCUUGUCUCUCAAUGGUCGAGUACUCCAAUUGUACGGGGAGAGUGAAGAAAUCGCAGUGUAAGUUAUGCUAAACUGUUGUUAAAAUUAUGGAGUUUUUUGGUCAAAAAAUAUGUGGAAUUUAGGCCUUAUUACUACUUUUUUGUUGUUUUUGCUUAUUUUUCAAACUAAAUGUAGUUUUUAUAAAAGGUCGUAUGUUCGACCUCAGCAAAACCAAGUUAAAACAAUUUUUGUGUUAGUUUCCUAACAUGAUGAUUAUUAUCAUUUGACUGUUUUUAGAAACCUUACCGCGAAGUUGCUGUUGUCAGGUUUACUGUUAUCUUUCCUACAAUCGCAGCUUUGUAAUAAGCCAUCUUGAUAACGAGAGGCGCCUUUCUCUACAAUAAUAUUUUCAGAAGCUUGCUUUUGGAGCACUUGAAAGAUUUGCCUUCUGAAUCCGUCACCUUCUUCACCGUUUCAAACAAUCACCUUUUCCAAAAAGUGUCUGAAAUUGCGACUUCUGAGAAACGUGUAGCCAGGUAUCACACCAGAAUCCUGCCGUCAAACGUGAAAUGGAGCAAUGUGUUCUUUGUCAACAUGGGAUUACAUUUGUAUUGA